AUCCCAAUGCUAAUUAAUUAGAUUAAUACUAGGCAGUAGGAGAGUUAUUGAUUUUGGCUAUUAGGAGAGGUUUACUUCUAUUCUACUACAACGGAGAGCAGAAAAAAGCGUAAAUCUCGAGCGCCCGAGCCGAAGCGAAGCAGUUGUUUUUUCAAUUUCUAUAGAGCGAAGAAAAGAAACGGACGAGCCCAAUCGCAAAAAACACCGGCAAGCCUUUCAUCUCCGAUCCUCAAUGGAGGACGCCUACGCUAGAUCUGUUUCCGAGGUUUUGGAUUUCUUCGGAGUAGACUCGUCGAAAGGUCUGACUGAUUUUCAGGUUUCACAACAUGCAAGGCUUUAUGGUAAAAACGUGCUUCCUGAAGAAGAAAGGACUCCCUUUUGGAAAUUGGUUUUCAAGCAAUUUGAUGAUUUGCUUGUUAAGAUAUUGAUUGCUGCAGCGCUUGUUUCGUUUCUUUUGGCUCUGAUUAACGGAGAGACUGGUUUAAUUGCAUUCUUGGAGCCUUCUGUUAUCCUUAUGAUAUUAGCUGCCAAUGCUGCAGUAGGAGUCAUUACAGAAACAAAUGCUGAAAAGGCGCUUGAGGAGUUACGUGCCUACCAAGCUGAUAUUGCAACCGUGCUGCGCAAUGGUUGUUUCUCAAUACUUCCUGCAACAGAGUUAGUUCCAGGAGACAUAGUAGAAGUUAGUGUGGGAUGCAAAAUUCCUGCUGAUAUGAGAAUGAUUGAGAUGUUAAGUGGUCAGUUACGUGUUGAUCAAGCAAUUCUUACAGGUGAGAGCAGCUCCGUAGAAAAAGACCUUGAGUCUACCAUAGCAACAAAUGCUGUAUAUCAAGACAAGACAAAUAUUCUUUUCUCAGGUACUGUUGUGGUUGCUGGCAGGGCAAGAGCUGUUGUUAUCGGAGUUGGUGCAAACACUGCUAUGGGCAGCAUUCGUGAUUCAAUGUUGCGAACGGAUGAUGAAGCAACACCCUUGAAAAAGAAAUUGGAUGAAUUUGGUACCUUCUUGGCCAAGGUUAUUGCAGGAAUUUGUGUACUGGUGUGGAUUGUAAAUAUUGGUCAUUUCCGUGACCCUGCUCAUGGUGGAUUCUUGCGUGGUGCAAUUCAUUACUUUAAGAUUGCAGUUGCACUUGCAGUUGCAGCAAUUCCUGAAGGGCUUCCUGCUGUUGUAACAACGUGUUUGGCUCUCGGAACGAAACGAAUGGCUCGACUAAAUGCUAUUGUUCGAUCCUUGCCUUCAGUUGAAACUUUAGGCUGCACUACAGUGAUUUGCAGUGACAAAACAGGAACUCUGACAACAAAUAUGAUGUCAGUUUCAAAGAUAUGUGUGGUCCACUCCAUAAAAAAUGGUCCUGAAGUUGCUGAAUUUGGUGUCAGUGGGACAACAUAUGCUCCAGAAGGUUUUAUAUUUGAUAACACGGGGGUUCAGCUAGAAUUCCCUGCUCAGUUACCUUGUCUUCUUCACAUAGCAAUGUGCUCAGCUCUAUGCAAUGAGUCUCUCUUACAGUAUAAUCCAGACAAGGGAAACUAUGAAAAAAUUGGAGAGUCAACUGAAGUAGCUCUACGGGUGUUGGCGGAAAAGGUUGGGCUUCCUGGCUUUGAUUCUAUGCCUUCUGCUUUGAACAUGCUGAGCAAGCAUAAGCGAGCUUCCUACUGUAAUCACUAUUGGGAAAACCAAUUUAAAAAGGUUUCUGUUUUGGAAUUUUCCCGGGAUCGUAAAAUGAUGAGUGUCCUUUGUAACCAUAAGCAGAUGGAAAUUAUGUUCUCUAAAGGUGCUCCCGAGAGUAUCAUCUCUAGGUGUACAAAUAUCCUCUGCAAUAAUGAUGGCUCCACCAUUCCAAUUGAUGCUACGCUUCGGGCUGAGCUGGACUCAAGAUUCAACAGUUUUGCAGGAAAAGAAACAUUGAGAUGUUUGGCUUUAGCAUUGAAGAUAAUGCCCAUGGGUCAACAGACACUCUCCUUUGAUGAUGAGAAAGAUCUUACCUUUAUUGGGUUGGUUGGCAUGCUUGAUCCACCACGAGAGGAAGUGAGGAAUGCUAUGAUUUCAUGCAUGACUGCCGGUAUACGUGUUAUUGUUGUUACUGGAGAUAAUAAGUCCACAGCCGAAUCUGUUUGUCGGAAGAUAGGUGCUUUUGAUCACUUAGUAGAUUAUGUUGGGCAUUCGUACACUGCUGCUGAGUUUGAAGAGCUUCCAGGAACGCAGCAAACAAUGGCAUUGCAACGUAUGGCACUCCUCACCAGGGUUGAGCCUUCUCAUAAAAGAAUGCUAGUUGAGGCCUUACAAAAUCAGAAUGAAGUUGUUGCAAUGACUGGUGAUGGUGUCAAUGAUGCACCUGCACUUAAGAAAGCAGAUAUUGGAAUUGCCAUGGGAUCUGGAACAGCUGUUGCAAAGAGUGCUUCAGAUAUGGUUUUAGCUGAUGACAAUUUUGCUACCAUUGUGGCGGCUGUUGCUGAAGGAAGAGCUAUAUACAACAACACAAAGCAGUUCAUCAGAUACAUGAUCUCUUCAAAUAUUGGAGAAGUAGUUUGUAUUUUCGUGGCAGCUGUGCUAGGAAUACCUGAUACCCUUGCUCCUGUCCAGCUGCUAUGGGUCAACUUAGUUACUGAUGGAUUGCCUGCAACUGCCAUUGGAUUCAAUAAGCCGGACUCUGAUGUGAUGAAGGCCAAACCUCGCAAAGUAAGUGAAGCAGUGGUCUCUGGCUGGCUGUUCUUUCGAUAUUUGGUGAUUGGAGCUUAUGUUGGCCUUGCAACUGUUGCGGGGUUCAUAUGGUGGUUCAUUUAUUCAGAAACUGGUCCUAAACUACCAUAUACUGAAUUGAUGAAUUUUGAUACAUGCCCGACAAGGGAGACAACUUAUCCAUGCAGUAUCUUUGAGGAUCGGCAUCCAUCGACUGUGGCCAUGACUGUGCUUGUUGUUGUUGAGAUGUUUAAUGCGUUGAAUAACCUCAGUGAAAACCAAUCACUUCUGGUUAUUCCUCCUUGGAGUAAUUUGUGGCUGGUUGCUUCAAUAAUCCUAACCAUGCUUCUUCACAUACUAAUUCUGUAUGUUCCCCCACUAUCUACACUAUUCUCUGUUACAUCAUUGUCUUGGAAUGAGUGGGCUGUUAUCCUGUAUCUUUCUUUCCCUGUUAUAAUUAUUGACGAGGUUCUGAAGUUCUUUUCAAGAAACUCCCAUGGUAUAAGGUUCAAUUUCAGAUUCAGGAGAUACGAUGCACUUCCGAAAAAGGAAUUAAGAGACAAGUGAUAAUUUUGCUUUAUGGGAUCCUUGAUCUUUUACGUAUAUUUUGAGCGGAUACAAGGCACAGCUGACGGGUUUCUCUUCUCCAGAGAUACAAAUCGGAACAUCUUGCACAAUUAGAAUUAUUUUGUUUUCUUUUUCACCGGUGCCUCUAGAUAACCAAGCCAUAACGAGGAAAGUGAGAUAUUUUGGAGCCUUAUAAAUAUAUAAUAUAUAUUAUGACUACUGAUGAGUUCAUCCAUCAAUGGUUGGCUUUAGAAAGGAAAAAUGCCGUUUGUUUUAUGUUUACCUCAGAAAUGGUUGUAACAUUUUUAGUUAUUUAAUUUAUUUGCUUAUAGAAGAAAUGAACCUUAUAGGUCCAAAAUCUGCUGCCUUACAUUCAAUGUUUGACCUCUGAUUCUUUAAAUAAUAAUAUGAAUUUAGUUUUAAUUUCUUAA